UAUCUCUCUAUCAUCUCCUGUCUCUCUCUCAUCUCCUUUUUCUGUAAAAUUGCUUUUAGUUUAAUCCCCCUUCUAUUGUUUCUCUUUGUCUUUCUAUCUCUCUUUCUCUGUCCUCUAUCUCCUCUGUACCCUUCUCUCUCUUCCUUCUCUCUGUGUUUAGAGACUGUUGCUCAUUGUGUAGUAGUUGGAAGUUGAAGGGCAGAGCAGCUAGCUUUAGACCAACUGUCCCUCAGCGGUGGUGGUGGUAAUCUUUCCGUUAGGUAAGCAUUGCUGUGGUCGAGGAGCGGUCAUGGUCCUGGCUGUGGAGGACGCCUGUCCCAACGGGUUAGAGGUAGAGGUGGAGCCCCCUCCGGAUGCAGGCGGGACGGGAGAGGCAGGCGGGACAGAAGAGGGGGUGGUUGGGUCCAGGGAGGGGGCGGCUGCUGAGCCCACAGAGGGGGCCAACACAUCCGGAGCGAUGCAGCAGGUGUUGGAUAACCUGGGGGAGCUGCCCACCUCCACGGGGGCCAAAGACAUCGACCUCAUCUUCCUCAGAGGAAUCAUGGAGAGUCCCAUUGUACGGUCACUCUCCAAGGCCCACGAGCGAUUGGAGGACUUGAGGCUGGAGGCGGUGCAGGACAACAAUAUAGAGCUGGUCACAGACAUCUUGGGUGACAUCACUGCCCUCGCUGUCCGUGAUGACAGCGCAGCGGAACUCUCCCGAAUCCUCCAGGAGCCCCACUUCCAGGCGUGUCAUGUGGUUGGUGGAGCCACUGGACUGAUCCCCAGUCAGUUCCUGGAGGAGAAGAGGAAAGCCUUCGUCCCAAGAGAUGUUGAUGGCUCAGGGAUCCUGUGCGGUACGAUAACUGGAAAGAAGAAGAAAAAGAUGAUGUAUCUAACGGCCAGGAAUGCAGAGUUUGACAGGCACGAGCUGCAAAUCUAUGAGGAGGUGGCCAAGAUGCCCCCAUUCCAGAGGAAGACUCUGGUUCUUAUUGGAGCCCAGGGGGUGGGCCGACGCAGCCUCAAGAACCGACUGGUGGUCCUUAACCCAACAUGCUUCGGAACCACCAUCCCCUUCACCUCCCGGCGUCCCCGUGACGAUGAGCUGGACGGUAAGUCGUACCGGUUUGUGACGCGGACGGAGAUGGAGGCGGACGUGAAGGCGGGCGGCUACCUAGAGCACGGCGAGUACGACGGGAACCUCUACGGAACCAAGAUGGACUCCAUCCACGAGGUGGUGGACACGGGGCGCACCUGCAUCCUGGACGUCAACCCACAGGCUCUGAAGGUACUAAAGACUGCAGAGUUCAUGCCGUAUGUGGUGUUCAUCGCAGCACCAGAGUUUGAGACGCUCAAGGCCAUGCACAAAGCUACGGUGGACGCUGGAAUCACCACCAAACAACUCACGGAUGUGGAUCUGAGGAAGACUGUUGAUGAGAGUGCUCGUAUCCAGAGGACCUACAACCACUACUUUGACCUCGCCAUCACCAACGACAACCUGGACCGCGCCUUCCAAACGCUACAGGCUGCCGUCGACAAACUCUGCUCCGAACCACAGUGGGUCCCCGUCAACUGGGUCUACUGAACCCCAACCGGACACUGUCUGACCGGUCAACUUGACCGUGCAUGUGUUCGACCACAGAGACAGGGGAAAGGAAAGGAGAAAGGGUGUUCGUCAUGUGAGGGACUUUGACGGUGAAAACCCAAGCCCACCACCUCGUCCCUCUCUCCCUUCCUCCUGCACACAAUGCACAUUUUUUCUACUCGAAACUCAAAGGCAAAUAGUUCUUAUUUAUUUUAAUAUUUGUAACUUUUUACGAAAUAUCUUUCUAUUCAUACCAACGUGGAAUUCAGAAACAUGAAAAAAAUAAAAAGGCCAAACAUCAAGGCCAUAUUUAUUUGUUGUUGUUAUGUUUGUUUUUUGUAGUUGUUCCUCUGAGAAGUAAUGAUGUUUAUUUUCUUCUCCGAGGACUGCUCUAGCAAGAGUUAUUAUUAUUGUUAUAUCAACACAGUUCAAGAACCAAGUUCAAGAACGACACUAUGGAAUAUUCCAGAACUCUGAGCAGUGUUGCCAAGGAAACCUGUUUACAGCGCUCGUUAUUGCCAUGACAACUACCGUGUCUCAGUCCAAAUCCUGUGAAGCCCACCCUUGUGAUUGUCGUAGGACCUCCCACUCCAAAGAAAAUCCCCUACAGUGCCCUGUAGUAUGUACUGUAGUUGGCUACCCCUUGAUUGGUUUGUGUUUACCUCUUUAGAAUUAUGACUUAAGAAAAAAUUUACUUAUUGUCUGAAUAUCUAUCCCUCACACAUCCUACAAAGAGAAUGAAGGGAAAAAGCUUUACAUUUUACAUCGUAGUAUUGAAGAUCAGGAUCAAACACUCUCUGUGUUUCAUUCAUGUCUUUCUUUGAGUUGUCUGUACUUUUAUUUUAGUACCGUAGGAUUCACUGUCUUUUGUUGCUACGGUGAUCUUUUUAGCUAAGUGACAUUUUUGUCUCGCAUGAUCCUUUGCUUUGAGUUGUUGUUUUCGAAUAUUGAACAAAUACUACAUCCUGUUUGAAGCGUUCUGUCUGUGUUGUGUCGACAGCAUGACCGUCAGAAUACCACUCACCAUCUACCCUAAUCUGUAUGUAAGGUGCUUAUUGUUGUUUUUUAAUCUGUUGCUAUCCCACGGUCCUCUCCUCCAGUAUCACAAAGCUCCAAAACCCUCCUGCACUGUAACCUAAAUACUACAUUCUGUUUCCUGUGGUCUCUCUGAAAGAUUUCCCAACUCGUGACCAAUAACAGACAUCUCUAAUAGCAAUACAUUGUUACAAUAAAUUAACUGAAAUUCA